AUGCAUGAGCAAAUCUCAAGAAAUCGAAUAAUGAUUAACAGAAAUUCAAAAAAAGAACUUAUUUGUGAAGUUUUAAGUACUAGUCAAGACAGAAAAAGCAAAACUUAUAUUAUUGGAAAGAAGGGACGUUAUUACUUAAAACACAAUCAAUUGGCAGAUGAUAUACCUGUUGUUAUUAUUUUUAAGGCAAUGGGAUAUGAAUCUGAUCACUUAAUUGCAACAACUGUUGGAAUCGAAGAAGAAUACAUCGCAGCAAUAGGUCCAACAAUUGAUGAAUGUGCUCUUCUCAAUAUAAUUUCGCGUGCCGAUGCUAUAAAAUAUUUAAUUCCUCGAAUAAGAAGAAAAACGUUUGGCUCUAUUGGAGUUCGAGUUUCUCAAGAACAUGACGUUUUGGAUUUUUUAAGUAAUUCGAUGAUAUGUCAUAUUCUUUCGCCUGAAGGGAAUAUGAAAAUGAAAGCAAUUUAUAUUGGAUUAAUGAUUAGGAGACUUAUACAAGCAGAAAAAGGCAUUUGUGAUGCUGAUGAUCGUGAUUUUUAUGGCAACAAAAGAAUAGAACUUGCUGGUUCACUUUUGGCUUUGUUAUUUGAAGAUUUGUUUAAAAGAUUUAAUGGUGAAUUAAAACGAAUAACAGACAGCCAUUUGGGUAAAAAUUUGGCAGCUCCUCUUGAUAUUGUUAGACACAUGAGACAAGAUUUAAUUACAAAUGGAUUAAUAAAUGCUUUAGCAACUGGAAAUUGGACUAUUAGACGUUUUGGAAUGGAACGCCAAGGUGUUACUCAAGUUUUAAGCCGUCUUUCUUACAUUAGCGUUUUGGGUAUGAUGACAAGAAUAAAUUCAACAUUUGAAAAGACAAGAAAAGUUUCUGGACCUCGUUCACUUCAGUCUUCACAAUGGGGAAUAAUUUGUCCAGCAGAUACACCCGAAGGAGAAUCUUGUGGUUUAGUAAAGAAUUUGGCACUUUUAAGCCAUAUAACUACAGAUAGCGAUGAAACGCCGAUACUUGGUUUAUUAUACAAUUGUGGAGUUCAAGAUUUACGUUCAUUAAAAUUUAAUGUUAUUCAUAAUCCAGCUUAUAGUCUUAUAUUUUUAAAUGGUUCUGUUGUUGGAAUAACUGAUGAUAUUGAAAAUAUUUUGUCUACAAUUAAGAUGAUGAGAAGAAAAGGGUUUUUAAAUCCAUUUGUUUCUGUCAGUAAAAAUGCAAAUUCAAUUCAUUUGGCUUCUGAUGGAGGUAGAUUGUGUCGACCUUAUAUAAUUGUUGAAAGUGGUGUUCCUUUGCUUAAACAAUCACAAAUUGAGGCUGUAAAGAAUGGAACAAAAACUUUCGACAAUUUAAUAUCCGAAGGCGUUUUAGAGUUUUUAGAUGUAAAUGAAAUUAAUAAUGCUAGAAUUUCCGUUUAUGAGCAUCAAAUUAUUUCACAAACAACACACCUUGAGAUUGAGCCUUUCACUUUAUUGGGGGUUGUGGCAGGCCUUAUUCCCUAUCCACAUCACAAUCAAAGUCCAAGAAAUACUUAUCAAUGCGCUAUGGGUAAACAAGCAAUGGGGAGUUGUGGCUAUAACCAACAGAAAAGGAUUGAUACGUUAAUGUAUUUAUUGGUAUAUCCUCACAAACCUUUAGUCAAAACCAAAACACUCGAAUUAUCCAAUUUUGAAAAAUUACCAGCUGGUCAAAAUGCUAUUGUUGCUGUAAUGUCUUUUAGUGGUUAUGACAUUGAGGAUGCAUUAGUUUUAAAUAAAGCUUCUCUUGAUAGAGGAUUUGGACGUUGUAUGGUUUAUCGUUUUGCUAAAGGAAAUGCUCGAAAAUAUCCAAAUCAAACUUAUGACAAAUUUAUGGGCCCUUCACUAGAUGCUGUAAGCAGAAAACCAAUUUUCAGGCAUUCAGUUCUUGAUAAUGAAGGAAUUGUUUUUACUGGUGCAAAAGUUAUGCCAAGACAGGUUCAUUUUGUUAUAAUUUUUUGA